AAAUGAAUUAAAUAGUAACCAAUCAAAUUCAAAAGUUCUUUUAAACAUCUUUUGCUCUACACUUACAGUUCUGUACAGUGGAAGCCUGUAUUAUGUGUGUAUAAGCAGGAGGGCUGGGCUUCUGGACCUCUGUUCUCACCUGUAUUUGAGAUGUUAAGAGGUGUCUGUCUCUUUAAGGCGUCUAUCUGCUGCUUCGUGUUAGAGGAAAAGCACGCCAUCGCCACGGAACAUGCCUUAAUUAUACCAGGGGGAAAAAGUUAAAGUAAACAAGAGGAUAGAUAACGGUUUAUACCUUAACGGACUCCUACACAAGUUUUGCAGUGACACGGAUGCAGUUGGGAUGAGUUUUGCUCGCGGCGGGAUGCAGUCGAUCUGGACACACUCAACACUGCUUGCGGCGCUUCUUGUGUUUUUGUCUGGACUUUCCUUUUCUACUGCUUGCAAUAAAGCCUUGUGUGCCAGUGACGUCAGCAAGUGUCUAAUACAGGAGCUGUGCCAAUGCAGGCCAUCGGAUGGGAACUGUUCAUGCUGUAAGGAGUGUAUGCUGUGUCUGGGCACGCUGUGGGAGGAGUGCUGUGAUUGUGUGGGCAUGUGCAACCCGAGGAACUACAGUGACACACCAGCCACCUCUAAGAGCACAGUGGAGGAUCUCUACAGGCCCAUUCCCUCCCUGUUCAGAGCACUCACUGAGGGCGAAGCCCCCAUCAACAUGAUGGUGGUCUCCUUUCCUGUGGCAGAAGAACUGUCUUACCAUGAGAGCCUGGUCUCCUUCUUGGAGACCAUGGAAGAUCAGCAUCAGAACAUCUCAUUGCCUGGCAACAGCAUUCAUUCUAGUUAUGAUAACACUCAAGAAAACAUGUGCACAGUAGUGUACUUUGAUGACUGUGUUUCGAUUCGUCAGUGUAAGCAGUACUGCGAGUCAAUGGGGGGCUCGAAGUACCGCUGGUUUCACAACGCAUGCUGCGAGUGUAUCGGGCCCGAGUGUAUCGACUACGGCAGCAGAGCGGUGAAGUGCAUGAACUGUCUCUUCUGAACCACUAGCCUUUUGAGUGUUGUGGAUGCUCACACUCCUGCCACAAGAGGGCACAAUAACAGGACCAUAGGCUCAGGAGACACUGGCCUGGGAUUAGUAAAAAGAGGUGACAGUCAUGUAAAUUACAAGCCCUUUUGAUUUUGCUCUUUGUAUUAACCUUUUACACUUUGUUUUAUAGGUUUCUAGAAAAAAAAAGGAUUCUGUCUUGUAGUUUUCUCAAAAGUAAAUCAUUGCAUAUGCAGUCACUCUUUAAAUGUUCUCUACCAAAUCAAUGUUUUUUUAAAGUACCAACUUUAUUCAUGUUCAAUAAUUAAACCUAUUUGUCAAAUCUUUGACAGAUAUCAAGGUACUAAUAUGGGAGGGAAAAGUCCCUGUAAUAUUGCAGGUAGUCAUACAAUAGCACACUGCAUGUUGAAACAUGCAUGCUGCAGAUGCAGUGAAGGUAAUAGUGAAGGUUGGUUGAGAUAUUCUUAGUUGUAAUUCCUCUACACCUCAGAUGAAGGGACUGGAGCCAUCUACAUUAAGCCAUUUCUUAGUUGUUUCUGCUUUUACAACGCAGAUAUGAAGAAAACAGAAGACAUGUCCUUUAGAUCAGCACUCUGGUUAAGCCCUGUGACUAUUGACUCAGAGUUUGUAUGUGUGAGACAUGUAUCUGGGGAAAGAUUACAGCUUUAGGACUCAUUUUAUUUGUUAUAUCCUAAUGAGCAGUAUAGAUGUUUCAGUUCUGUUACUUUAAGGUACUUUAUGCAUAUUGACCAAGGUUGUUAUUCCUAAAAAAACCUGCAUGUUUUGUUUUGCAGUAUUCCUCAUUAAAAAAAAAACAACAAAACAAGAACCACCCUUUGGUUCUGGUUAUGCUUCUGGAGUAAUAUGGUGAAGUUUUAAAACUGAUGUAAAACAGCGUUCAUUUUGAAACAUGCUCAACACACCGUUGUUUGCUUGUGUCUGAGAUCUGUUUCAUUAGUAAGUCCAACUGCAAACCUUACUAAAGAAUCGUUAUAAGCCAAGCUGGCAUUAUUGGAUUUGUAGAGACAUAGUUAAACAUCUACACACUAUUAAAAUGAGUAUUUUUGA